AUGGGAUGGACGUUGGGGAAGAGGAUGUGUUGCACAAAUGUGGCGAAAUAUGCCGAAUCGAUUCCAGCGAUUCUCCUCCCAAGUCAUAUCGGAGUUGACGAUUCCCGCGCCUUUGAUUCUUCUCGGAGUAGCUCUGUAUGCUCUGCGCUAGAUCCGAACCUCAACUACAAGCCGGUCAUCGGGAUUCUGACCCACCCUGGCGACGGCAGAUGGGACGCUCGUCGUCACUCUCUGAGUCUGAGCUAUGCCUAUGCGAGCAACAUAUCGUACAUCGCAGCUUCGUAUGUGAAGUUAGCUGAGACUGGUGGAGCUCGUGUGAUUCCUCUAAUCUACAACGAGCCUGAAGAACUCCUGUUUCAGAAGCUACAACUGGUAAAUGGUGUGAUAUUCACUGGUGGUUGGGCUAAAACAGGAUUGUAUUACGAUAUUGUGAAUAAAAUCUUCAGUAAAGUUUUGGAGAAGAACGAUGCCGGAGAACAUUUUCCGGUAUAUGCCAUGUGCCUCGGAUUCGAGAUUUUGUCAAUGAUCAUAAGUCAGAACCGAGACAUUCUUGAAAGGUUUAACUCAGUAAAUUAUGCAUCAAGUCUUCAGUUUUUUGAAAAUGUUGAUAUUGAAGCAACAGUAUUCCAAAGAUUUCCUCCAGAGCUGUUGAAAAAACUCAGUACAGACUGUUUGGUUAUGCAGAAUCACUAUUUUGCUAUCUCACCAGAAAACUUUCAAGGCAACCCUUCUCUGUCUAGUUUCUUCAAUAUCCUCACAACCAGCGCUGAUAAAGAUGGCAAGAAAAAUGCAUUUGAAUGGGGCUCAUCCGAAAUCCCACACUCUGAGGACGCAAUUCAGGUGACUCAGCACGCCGCAAAUUAUCUAGUCAGUGAAGCCAGGAAGUCGAUGAACAGACCAUCUUCUGAGAAAGUGCUGAGCAAUCUCAUCUACAACUACAAGCCUACCUACUCCGGAUACAAAGGGAGCGGUGACGACGAGGUUUACAUUUUCACGUAACAAAGAUCUCUUUUCUCAUCAAGUGGGAUAAUGGGUUUGCCUGUAAUAUAAAAAUGUCGUUACGUUGGAUCAAAUCAUUCAUUUUACACACAAGGUGCCUUGUCUGUUCUGUUUCUACGACUCAUGUAAUUAUAACUAUAGCAGUAUUGUUACCAAAAAAAAAAAAAAAAACUUAGCAGUAUUGGGAAAUUAGUAUAUAUGGGCA